AUGGCGCUUCCGUCCAAACGAAAACCAGUGCCGACCGUGCAACUCGAUGCUACAGAUGCAGCGCCAGGGUGGCUUUCGCAAGAACGUCAUCGCCUUGGCGACGCGUCCAUCUCGCCUGCGACUCUAAUCGCCGACGCUUCCGCCGGAACGUCAGCAGAUGGGGCCAGGUCAAUGGCAAACGUUAUUAAAAAUGGUCAAGGGACACCAAGUCGACCCGUGAACCAGCAACAGCACCAAAGGUCUCGCUCGUGGCUCGCCGAUUGGCUCAAGUCUGGCGGGGCGACCCCUUCCGCUAUUCGAGCCGCGGAUGAGAAUGUUCCGCUGCCGCCCUCACUCGGACCCCGCUCUUCCAUCACCCGAACCAAGUCCGAAGGCGACGGUAGAGCGAGUAAAACACUCUCAGUGCUUGGUUUCAGAAGAAAAACCCGUCGAGGAAGUCAAUCGGAGCAGGCGGUGGCUCCUGUCGCACUCGUCCCGACACCGAGCCCGGCUUCCGAUGUCCCACCUCGCCGAGCUUUACCGCCCACGCUUACCCCCGAUCAAGGUCGGUCAUCGUGCCAAGAAUUUCUCGAUAUUCCCGCUGGAAGUAUCUUGACUAACACAUCCGAUUCAUACGAUGUUCAGACUUCGUCGCUCUCCGAUCGCCGCUCAAUGCGACUCCUCACCACAUGCUGCCGGCCGCCGCCUUGGCGGCGAACAAGCGCAGCACGAUCGCACCUUCGUCCGCCACCUCCGGUGGUUUCCCCACGUGUCAAUCGAGCGAAAGAAAUCGCCCAGCGUCAUGGAAUUGGGAUGGUGGCUCUGGCAACGUCUGGCCCGCACCGAAUAGGGUCUCUGACCCUGACGCGCCUUCACGUGACCGGAUCGAUUCCCUCUCUUCAGUGUACUCGCACGGCCCCGUCGACCUCGGCGAGAUCUGGGACGACCUAGUGACGGAAGGCGAUAUCUCAAUUUCGGACCUUAUUCCUACUCGAUCCACGAACGUCUUCCCUACGACACCGACUUCGGCCCUGGCCACUCACGAUUUCCACAGCGAGCACAACGAGCACGACGUGUCGACCCAUGGGAUGACCUCGCACAACCUCUCGAGUGACAAUUCAGAGAUCUCCUUCGUCUCCCUCUCUGCCUUCCCUUCGCCACCACUCGCUUCUGAUGCGGUAUUCGAGCACGCCACGACAUUGCAGAGCGCGAGUUCCCUUGCCGAGCGACGGGGCCGCAAGCAGGCGAUUCCUGCCUUGAUCAUCCCUCAAUCUCUUGUCGCUUUGGCCAUCGAUUCGGCUUCUGACGACGGGUGUGAGUUCGGUGGUGAUGGGUUUCCGGUAGGCGGGCCUACGAUGUCCUACUUCUCUCCGGUCACACCCCCUUGCGGUGCUACGUUCGCAUUCGACCUCAGCGCUUCGACCGGGUCUUCACGUUCUUCGUCUCAAAUGGCAGGCUUGGCCAUCUCGCAUGCGGCCUAUACGGACCAAAGCGAUAUAGACGAGGCAGCGAGCUAUGAACAAGAACGGUCGACCUUCAGCGUGUCCGACGUGCUUGCGCGCCAUCUCCCCGUCUCGAAGAACGCUUUCCUCCAUCCAUUCCAGCCACCCACUCUACCGCGAUCAUCCGCCUCGAGCCCUACCUUUGGCGAACGAAGUGAUUCCGAACAAGCACCCAGUUCGACAUUGACCGCCAUCUCCACCUUCUCGCCCAAUCUGUGGAGCGGUAGUGAGAGCAACGCCUCGUUCGAAACGCGCGCUUCGUCCGUCGAAGAGGAAGAUUAUCUUGACCCACCACCGAGAUGUAGUAGUCGACGAGGGGGAGGUGAAUCCUCCUUUGAUCCAAAUUGGUCCAUUGCUUCGACGGAAGCGGAUGGAAAUUCCAAUUCGAUGGUGGAAGGGUCAAGUGCUGAUGAGCAAUCGAUGGGGGAUUCGUUCGGGAGGGGCAAGCGAUGGAUCGAGCAGGAGAUGAAAGGCGUUGGGAUGCCGGGGAACGAUAGUACCCGAACGGACGAGACGAGAGUCACCAUUCCGGAGGCGAGGCAUGUCAUCCACCACGACGAUGAGGAGGACAAUCUUGAGUCGGAGGAUCGGACGCUCCGAUUGGCGGAAGCUUUCGGGAAGAGGGAAGUCGAGCGACGACGCGUGGAGGCGUACGACUGGGGAGAGACGAGGGUCGUCGAGCCCUUUAUGACGGCGUCGCAGAGGACGAACUGCGAAGAGGAGCUUGGGACGAAUGAGAUUGUGGCAUGGGGGGUCGCGUUGUGA